GCGACCAUGUGAAUCAUGGCUGCGUCCAGCGGGGAGUCGGCCCUCAUAGGGUUGUGUGAUGGGGAGGUUGACUCGAGGAAGUAUCCGUCGUGUUCUUUAACAAACAAAGUCGGAGAUCUGCCGGAUAUCCCUCCAGGUAUAUCUUGGCAGCAUCCUCGUUGUAGUGUUUGCCGUGCUCCCUUAUCCCAUGUGGUACAAGUGUACUGUCCACUAGCGGCGUCUGCCUUUCACAGAAGCCUACAUUUAUUUGCCUGCUCUUCUGCUCUGUGCAAUGGAAGAACGGAGAGCUGGAAGGUUUUUCGUACUCAGUGUCUGGAGACAGAGAUGAAAGCAGCCUCGACGCCACAGCCACCCAGAGACACCCAGACUAAACAGGUUACUAUGGCAACUACGGACUGGUGUGAUGGUGCUGAUGACUGGGGCAUGGAAAGUGAUGAUGGAGGGGGAGUUUUGUAUGACAAAAAGCCAGCUGUAGUUAAUGAGGAUGCAGUUGAACCCGAGAUGGAGGGUACCACCACCAACUCCAGUUUGGAUGUCAGCACCAGGCUUCAGGAUCUUAGUCUGACAGGAGCAGAGGACACUCAGCAGGUCGUUCCAAUCUUCCGUCCAUUCUACAUUAGUGUGGUGGACGAAUCGGAUCUUGGUGGGGAAGCUGACUUGGAGCACGCUCAGGAGCUGCUCAGAGAGUAUGAGGAGAGAGAGGGUGUGGAGGUGUCGGAGCUGGAGAACGUGGGAGGGGGAGGAGAAGGAGGGGAGGAGAAGUACGAGAAGACCAAAGCUAGGCACGGAGAUGCCAUCUUCUCCAGGUUCAUGAAGACAAUUUCACUGUGUCCGGAGCAGAUCCUCCGCUAUUGCUGGAGUGGAAAACCUCUCUUCAUCUCCGAGCCGCCAUCUAACAUGGCAAAGAUGGUUCCAGUAUGUAGUAUCUGUGGAAGUAGCAGGACUUUUGAAUUUCAGCUAAUGCCUGCUCUGGUCAAUCUGUUGCAGAGCAAGGACUCCAACUCAGAGAUGGUCCUGGAGUUUGGAACUGUGCUGGUGUACACCUGCAGGAGGAGCUGCUGGACCACUGGCUCUACCUCACCUUUAGAAGAGUUUGUUUUUGUCCAAGCUGAUCCUGACCAACAGCUGUUUAAAUGACUUUCUCAUUGACUUGACUAAGAUCAGAUCCUUUCUCAAAUGAGGCCAGGUUAAAACUACUUAUGUGAAACCAAAUUGACAAUUCUGUAAUAUUGGACUUUUGAAAAAAAGUUUCAUGUGCUGAAUUUGUCUAACGCCACUCAUGACACAGGAGGAGCUAUGUGGAAAAUGUAAUUUUUAUCCAACUGUGUCAGAUUUUCCAUGUAGAGUCUAGUACUGGAAUUCGACAGGAGCUGAAAGUGCACUGUACCCACUGUGUCAUUUGCUAUGAAGACUGUCAUAUCAAUGAAUCUUUAAUUGGUAAAGUAACCAGUUAAUGUAUACAUUAAAAAACCAUUAAAACAUCAUU